AUGGCUCUUACGCAGGUGUUGAGGCGCGUUCUUGGUGGAAGCGGCUCCACCCAGAUCUCUUCAGCGGCUAGGGCUUUCUCUUCUGCUCCGUCUCCCAUCACAGCUACUCUCUUUCCCGGUGAUGGUAUCGGCCCCGAGAUCGCCGAGUCCGUCAAACAGGUGUUUCAAGCAGCUGAGGUGCCAAUUGAGUGGGAAGAGCACUAUGUUGGGAAUCAAAUAGAUCCUAGAACUCAAAGUUUUCUAACAUGGGAAAGUUUGGAAUCAGUAAGAAGAAACAGAGUGGGCCUGAAAGGGCCAAUGGCUACGCCAAUCGGGAAAGGUCAUCGUUCCUUGAACCUUACUCUUAGGAAAGAGCUUAAUUUGUAUGCCAACGUAAGGCCUUGCUAUAGUCUCCCUGGUUAUAAAACUCGGUAUGAUAAUGUUGAUCUUAUCACUAUUCGUGAGAAUACAGAAGGAGAAUACAGUGGACUUGAACACCAAGUGGUGAGAGGUGUAGUUGAAAGUCUCAAAAUUAUUACUCGUCAGGCAAGUUUGAGAGUGGCCGACUAUGCUUUUCACUAUGCAAAGACCCAUGGACGAGAGAGAGUAUCUGCUAUACAUAAAGCUAAUAUUAUGCAAAAGACAGAUGGUCUUUUUCUUAAGAGCUGCCGUGAGGUUGCAGAGAAGUACCCUGAAAUCACAUAUGAGGAAGUUGUUAUUGACAACUGCUGUAUGAUGCUUGUGAAGAAUCCAGCACUUUUUGAUGUACUUGUGAUGCCUAAUCUCUAUGGUGACAUUAUCAGUGACCUUUGUGCGGGUUUGGUUGGUGGUUUGGGCUUAACACCAAGCUGCAAUAUUGGCGAGGGAGGAAUUGCCCUUGCUGAAGCUGUGCAUGGUUCUGCACCUGAUAUUGCUGGGAAGAAUUUGGCAAAUCCCACUGCUCUGCUGUUAAGUGCUGUCACAAUGUUGCGCCAUUUAGAACUAUACGAUAAGGCUGAGAGGAUCCAGAAUGCCAUCCUUAAAACAAUUGCAGAGGGGAAGUACCGAACUGCAGACCUUGGUGGUUCUUCAACGACAACUGAUUUUACGAAGGCAAUCUGCAGUCAUCUUUGA